AAGGCCACCAGGCAGAUGUGGAGCAAGAGCAAUGUGAUGCAACAUGGCUUGGCUUCCUGUCAUCUGUGCCCAGCCAGAUGGAAAGUCUGCAAACAGUGCCACGGCCACCCGGGAGGCAAAGGCGUCAUAAGGACUCAUGAUGCAAUGAGAGAUCCCAGGCAGGCAUCAUGGGCACAGGCUGGUGGGUACCAGUGAGUGUGUGGGAACAAAUACAAGGGUAGGGGACACCCCGCGGGGGAACAAGCGUGAGAUCGGGUUUGGAAGUAGAAAUCUCCUUCCUCGUCACUGUUGUCUCCAGCAGAGCUUCUCUGCCUUGCUGGCAGUGAGUGAGAUGAAGUCUCUAGCUCUGCAGGCAAGCCCAGGACCUUCAUACCUGCCCCUCCUGCCCUCCUUGGAGGGCUGCAGCCGGCAGGGGUGCGGGGAGGAGGCAGCAGAGCCAGCACCCUUGUUCCUGCCCCAGGAGAAGCCAGAGGCGAGUCCACGGGCAGCCCUAGAUGUGGGGGAUGGGGUGGAGUUCCCCCAUGUGCUGCUGGGAGCCAGGGACCCACCAGGGACAGCAGAAGGGUCCCCCACUUUGUGAUACCAGCAGUGCAGAGGAGGAAAGCCCGGGCUCAAAUGUGUGACUGUCUCAGACAUAGCUGGAGCUCUGUGGCCAAUGUGCAGGCAAGCAGCCACCAGAAAACAUCCUGUCCCACCAGAGGAAGAAUUUCCCCACGUCCUCUUUGAGGGGGACAGAAAGCAGGACUUUCAUCAGGGGCUGCAAGCCUGGGCUUGAGAAAAAAAGCAUGGAAAAGACAAAAACAGUUUGUAAGAGGUGAUUUCCCCUUUGUCAUCUCUUAGCAUGUCAUUUUAACUUGCUCUGUGAAGGCAGCGGCAUUUGAAUACCACUGAGGAACCAGGUGGAGGAAGAUCAAGCCUCAUAUUGACCAACAGCUUUUCCCCAGCACCACAUGACCUGCUGCCUCUGGCACCAAGGGGAUGUGGACUUUUCCUGCCAUUCUCCACCCAAGGAGAGCAAUCCUAGCUGCACAGCCUCAGCCCAUCACUCCCGUGUUGCCACCAGUAUGACCCAAAGAGCCAGGCCAUGCUUGGGGCCAGCACAGCAUUGUUAUCCAGAGCAGUGACACUGGAGGCAUUACCAUCAGGUGGUAGUAAGAAUGUUGAAGAAGACCAUAAAGGCCCAUGAUAGCCCUCAUCUGGGGCUGUGCUGAGUGUUGGUGUGAGAACAGUUUGCAAGAGGUAGCCCUAUGUUGUCCACAUAGUUGAGUUUGGCUGGGACCAGAUUUGCAAGGUGAGUGCCUCAGGAACUGUAUCUGCUUGUGCCAGAAAGUGAGAUCUGCUGUGUCCCCAGGACCCAACAUGGUGAUGGCAGGGCCCUCCAGGGCUCUCCCACCAAACCUCAUCCACAGCAGGGCUUGGUCAGGGCAUCCGUGGCUUUGUACACAGCCCACCAAAGAUGGAGAUCUCCCACCUCCCUGCUGGUCUGGGUUCCUCACCCUCCAGGGGGCAGAGCUGAAUGAAGGGAAUGGCCUGAGAAGGCCAGUGUGUGGAGACAUGGUUGAGUUGCAGGCCUGCCCCCUCCUGCACUUGCCUGUCUGUGGGACCGACGGGAACACCUAUGCCAAUGAAUGCCAGCUCUGUGUGCAGCAAAUGAAAACCAGGCAAGACAUACGGAUUUUGAAAGAUGGGGUGUGUCAAGAUAUCUGAGCUUUCUGGUAGCUUUUCUGAGCCUAGAAGCAGGUGAUUAAUUGAUCCUGUGUGCUUUGUGCUGAUUGCACAUUUAAAUUAGCAAUGGUGAAUA